AGGAGGAAGAGCUGCAGUUUUGGACUGUCUUUAUCUCUCCAUCAAGCCAGACAACAGAGAGGACUAGAUUUGGGCUAUCUUAUCUCCAAAUCAAGACAGACAGCAUAUAAGACAGAUUUAGACUAUCGUUUUUCCUACUAAGCCAGACAACAGAGAAGACCACAGAAGAGACCUGAGUACAGAUAUCAUGGGUGACAGCAGGGCUCAUGGGGCUCCUCCCACAUCUCAGGAGGCGGACCCCGACCCCGAGCUCAGGCUCAUCCUGGUGGGCACCAUCGACUGUGGCAAGACCCUGACGGCGGACACGCUGCUGUGCCAGGUUCAGACCAGCUGUUCUCCGGGCUCCUGGCGCUCCUGCGUCCUCCGUCAGGGCCGCUCGCACUCCCGCCGCCUGACCCUGGUGGAGGCCCCGCGCUGGUACUGGUCCGGGGACCGUCUGGAGUCCAGCGUCCACGAGGAGACGAGGCGGGCGCUCACCCUGGUCGGCCCGGGCCCCCACUGCAUUCUGCUGCUGAUCCCCGUCAAUCAGUUCACAGAGAUGGAGCGCCGUGCAGCGCAGCAGAUCGAGGAGGUGUUUGGCGUGGGGACUCUGCGGCGCACCCUGGUGCUGCUGACGUGCGGUGACUACCUACUGGGCCGGCCAGUGGAGGAGUACCUGGCCCGGGAGAACCAGGGCCUCCGCGAGGUCGUCGGGCUGUGCGGCGGUCGCUACCACGUCAUCAACAACCGCCGCCCGGAGGACAGAGAGCAGGUGCUGCAGCUGCUGAAGAAGGUGGAGAGCAUGGUCCAGGGGAAAGGAGGCAGCUUCGGGCAGGGCACCGCGCAGCCUUUAGGGAGCCUCAGCAGUCCGGGUCUGGCAGAGCAGCAGGUGGUUAUGGAGAAGACACACGGGGUGAAUGCUGAGCUGCCCUUUACUACUACAGCCAGACAGCCAGCAGAAGCUGAAGCUGCAGGGCUAACGCAGAGGAUGGAGAUGGAAGAGGCAGAGUCCAAAAGGAGAGAGAACGAACGACUGGAGAAAGAGAGAGAACAAAGAAUACUUAAAGAAAGACUGGAGGCAGAGAGAGUGGAGAGAGAGAGGCUAGAAAAAGAGACAGAGGAGGAGAGACUCAAGGCCGUUCAAAUAGAGAUGGAGAGAAGAGAAAAGGAGAGAAGGGAGAGAGAGCAGCAACUGAGAGAAGAGACUGAGAAGAAAGAGAAAGAGAGGGUAGAGGCUGAAAGGAGGAGAAGAGAGAGAGAAGAGAGGAUAGAAACAGAGAGGAAAAGACAGGAGAGAGCAGACAGAGAAAGAGUAGAAAAUGAAAGAUUGGAACAAGAGAGAGUGGAGAGAGAGAAACACAAACUAGAGAGAACCGAGGCCUUGAGAAGGGAAAGAGAGAAAGCAGAGAGAGACAUGCUGGAGAACGAGAGGAGGGAGAACGAGAGGAGGGAGAAAGAAAGACUGGAGAAUGAGACGAGGGAGAGAGAGAAGAGGGAAAAAGAAAGACUGGAGAAUGAGAGGAGGGAGAAAGAAAGACUGGAGAGUGAGCGGAGGGAGAAAGAAAGACUGGAGAAACUGAGCGAGCGAUUGAAGCAGGAGAGAUUGGAGAACUCAGAGAGAGUGAAGCUAGAUGCCAAUGCCUACCACUCCCAGAUGUCUCCACGAAUAAAGGAGUCUCUUGAAGAGCCGCCGUAUGCCUCUGAAGACAAGAUCAGGAGGGCUAAAGCCACCUCACAGCCAGCUGCGGCCGCAGAGGGCGCUGUGCUCAGCAAAUUAUCAGAGGCAGCAGGCAAGGGAGAGCUCAAAGAAAUCUACAACCGCAUCGUGACCGUUGGAAAAGAUCCCUCCUCCUCCUCCUCCUCCUCCUCCUCUCCGCCACCGGAGCUGAGGCUGGUUCUCUUGGGCGGCACCAAGUCGGGCAAGAGCUCGGCAGGGAACGCCAUCUUGGGCCGCAGGGACUUCCAGACACAGGAGGACGAGGGCACGACAGCUGUCACCAAGUGCUGUCAGAAGGGCCGGGCCAUCCUGGGAAACAGGCGGGUGGCGGUGGUGGACACCCCCGACUGGUUCCGUUCCGAGUGCGCCCCAGACGAGGUGCGUUCCCAGCUCUCCUCCUGCGUGGCCCUCUCCUCCCCGGGGCCGCACGCCUUCCUCCUCUGCCUCCCCCUCCACCGCCCCCCGCCGGACGCCAUGCAGAUGCUGGACGCCGUGGAGGGCGUGUUCGGCCACCGAGCGGUGAGCGCCCACACGCUUCUCCUCUUCACCCACGCCGACGUCCUGGGAGGGGCGGCGAACAGGAACGGGAACGGGAACGGCAACAACGAGGCGGAGGGGGGAUGGGGGACGGCAGAGGUGGAGGAGCACAUCUCCUCCAAGCUGCCCCACCUCCUGAAGCUGGUGGAGAGGUGCGGCGACCACUACCACAUUCUGGAGAGGGACGGGAGGUGCAGCAGCGAUGGAGGAGGCGUGGUGGGGAGAAGGAAGGAGGAGGUGGGGGGUAGGGAUGAUGGAGAGAAGACGAGGAAGAAGAGUGUGGUGGAGCUCCUGGAGAAGGUGGACCAGAUGGGCGGAGGAGGAGGAGGAGGAGGAGGCCAUCACAGCUGCCCGAUCUACCAGGAGGCAGAGAUCCGCGUCAGGCAGCGACAAGAGGAGAUCCUGCAAGUCCACAGGGAGAGGAGGACAGAGCAGAGAAGAAGAAGAAGAGGAGGAGGGGAGAUGGUUGGAGGAGAAAGCGAUCCCAUGGUUUCAUCAGGUCAGUCGGUCUCCUUGAAGGGAGACCUGAAGGGGGAAGAGGAUGAAGUGGAUGAGGAGGAGGAGGAGGAGGCGACGGGUCUGGAGACAGCGAGAGAGGAGGCGGAGAGGAGCGUCACGUUGGACUCUGAGCCUGCGCUGGCCUUCAACAAAUCCUCAACCAAGGGCCCCUCUCUCGUGCGCUCCGCGUGGGAGAAGGUGGUACAGGGCGGCUCCUCUCUCUCGCGCUCGGCGUGGGAGAAGACGGUGCAGGGCGUGAAGAGCACGCCCAAGCCGCUGAUGGGCGGAGCCUUGGUGGGGUGUGGUCUGGGGGCGUUUCUUGGGGGGCUUCUCGGGGGAGCGGUGGGGGCCACGGGAGGAGUGGCGCUGGCAGAGGUGGCCAGACGGAAGCUACGCAGCAAACAGACAGACGGGGCAGAAGAACACACAGAGGGAAAGAAGAACGCAUAA